AUGAAUAAAUAUAAUAAUGAUAGUUGGGAAGAUUUAUUAUGGCAUCCUAUAUACAAAGCAAAAGCUAUAAAGGACUACAAGAGCACUCAUCCGAUGGAUUUAUCUUUUGAAGCUGGCGAUAUUAUUGAAGUUCUUGGAAUUGAAAACGAUGAUUGGUUGAAUGGUAAUUGUAAAAAUUCAAAGAAAUUUGGUUCAUUUCCAAAAAUAUUUGUCAAACUACAGCAAUCACUACCAUCUCGUCCUACCACCAAAAGGAAAGAAUCAUAUUCAUCAGUUCAGAGUUAUGAUAGUAUGUCUAUUUUCAGUAGUUAUGAUUAUGAAGAAACAGAUCCACUUAGUAAUUGUACAGUUGUUUUAUAUUCCGAUCUUCAAGGUGAUCAACUUGAUUUAUCAGAAUAUGAUUUUUCAACAGUGGAUGAAUAUGCACGCGAGACCCCAGAAUCCGAUACACAUUCCAUAAGAAGUUUAUCACAUUAUCUUACUUCUGUGUGGGAUGAUCCAUUAUAUAAAUUACGUGCUAUUUUUGUAUGGGUUGCUGAUAAUAUCACUUAUGACACCGAAUCUUUGAAAAGUCAAAAUGGAAAAGACAUUUUAAAAAGUAGAAAAGCAGUUUGUGCUGGAUACAGUGAAUUAUUUAAUGAUUUAGCAGUUGAUUCUGGUUUGGAUACAUUUAGGAUAAGUGGUGCUGCUAAAGGUGCCGGAUAUACUGUUGGCUCCCCGAUUGUUUCAGCAGAAUACGCACAUGCAUGGAACUGUGUUAAAUAUAAUGGAGAAUAUUUAUUAAUUGAUUGUACUUGGGGUGCUGGUGUUGUGGAAGAAAGAAAAUUUAAGAAAAAUUUUAAUGACUUUUACUUCCUUGCAUCGCCAAACCAAUUUAUCUAUAGUCAUUUACCAGAACAACCAAAACAUCAAUAUAUUGGACCUACAAUUACAAAGCCUGAGUUUAUUAAUUUACCAUAUGUCAAACCAUCAUUUUUUAAAUAUGGGUUAAUAUUUAAACAUUUUUAUGGAUGUGAAAUUGUAAUUAAGAAUGAUAUGUUGUGUAUUGAGUUGGAACAAACGAAAUUGCUUGAUGAAUCAAUUAAUUUUGCUGUUAAUUUAGAAUGGAGUAAUACUCGUAAUAAAGAUUUAUGUUUUUAUCAAAAUUUUCAUAUGAUUGGAAAUAAUGGAGGUAGAGUACAUAAAAUAUCCUUUGGAUGCCCUAAUCGUGGACAAGGGCAAUUAUCAAUGUUUCUUAUUCCUGAGGGUCAAACAUGGGGAGAAAUGACUGCUUCUUUCAAAGUUAAAAACCAAGGGAGUGGACUUAAAAAUCGGCAAUUUGUUUUAAAAUAUGAUUCACCAUCAUUCAAAUUUACUAUACUUAGACCUAUAACAAAAAUUCUUGGCUAUGCUAAAAAAUCAAAAUUUGAAAUUAUAAUUGUUAAAAACAACCACAAUAAUAAGAGUAAAAAAGAUAAUCCACCAAAUUUAUUAAUUUGUGAUGCAGACUUUGGGAAAAAAGUUAUUUUGGAACCAUCAACAACUGAUAAUGAUUAUUGUUUUGAGGAAGGUGUUGUUUAUUAUUCAGCUGAUGUUAUGUUAAAUCAUAAAGGUAUUUGGAGAAUAGGUUAUGAGUCAGGACCAAACAGCUAUGGAUUUUUAGCAGAAUAUGAAGUUAAAUAG